AUGCACUGCCAUUCACACCAGCCGAUCAAAGAUACGAGUUUUAAGUUAGUUGGUCCAAUUGUCCGUGCGACGAGGUCUCCGCCACAGCAGCCGACUGAGCUCAUCUACUGUACAGCCCGUGUGUGCAUUCCCAAGAGAAAGCUCGAAUAUCCACGUCGCAGAACCGAGGACAUUCGACCACGAGGGCAAGAACCAGCUCUUUGCCGUCUCUUUGUCCCUAGUCUUGGCCACCUGAGCGUGAACGGUCUAGUAACAGAUGUGGAUAUCCGAUUGCGAGCUUCGCUGCGUAGAAGCGCACUAGAAUAUCAGCCCGUUCAAACUAAUGGCUCUGUCAACCCCAAAAUCUAUUUCUGCGGCAGCGGAAUUCUGCUUUGCUUUAUUUUCCAUAUAAUUCGGUGCUCUUCAUCAACAAGCAAUUCUAUUACGGUCUCGGUUUCUCUGUUAUCCAACCUCUUUUGUUUUGGUACUUCUGCUUGUUGUCAUUACUUGCUUGACUCGGGGAUGCAGAUUUCUUCCUUCUUCCUGCUGGACCAUAUCGGAAUUGUCCUGCACAUAUGGGGAACGUCCGUGUCGGUCUUGCUCCUAGAGAAUUCUGGUAGUGGGAAACGGACUUCCAUUAUUCUGGGAAUCACUCUGGCCCGGGUAAUCUGUACCAUCUGUUUGAUAACCUGGUCAAGGGAGAAGAGAGAACGAGUGCUAGUUAUUGGGGCAUUUGGAGCAUUGGCCCUAUGCAGCGUCUCGCUCUAUAACGCUGUUUUCUCGAGCAUGUCUCGACUGACGGCAUCUUAUAUCUUCUUGGCUCUGGCCAAUGGCAUCGGAGGGUGGUUCUACUCCCGUGGGUCUAUUCAAUUGCUGAUUCAACUUUCAAGCAAGCCCUAUACUGUUUCGGGGCAUUCGUUGAUGCAUCUAUGCUCACUUUUUGCGUCAAUUUUUCACGCUUCAAUUCUGGCAUCUUCUGUCUGUAUCUGA